AUGUCAUUCUUCAAACAACAAAAUCAUGUCGACGUACUAAUUUGUGGUGCAGGUCCCGUUGGCUUAUUUUUAGCCAAUGAAUUAGCUACAUUCGAAAUCAAUUUCCGUAUCAUUGAUAAGCUCCAUGAGCAUCAUCAGUUUUCAAAAGCUCUUCUAAUAGCUCCCAGGACCUUGGAAAUUUUUGAUAAUAGAGGUAUUAUUGAUCCUUUUUUAGAACAUGGUUGUAAAUGUAACCAAUUCUCUAUAUACCAAAAUUGCAAAAAUACUCACGACUCGACCAAGCUUGACCUUAGCAACAUGGACAGUUUAUUUCCAUUUGGAUUAUUGAAUCGUCAGAAUAAAACUGAAGAGUACUUAAUCGAUGCCUUGCACAAAAAGAAAUCAAUGGGAAUGAAAAAUGUUCCUAAUAUUGAAUUUGGCAUGGAACUAUUAAAAUACGACGAGAAGGAUGAUUGUAUCGUUGCCAUUGUAAAGAAUAUAAAUAAUAGUAAAGAAGAAGAAAUAAUUUGUCGGUAUUUAGUAGGGUGUGAUGGUGUUCAUUCAACUGUUAGAAAAGGGAGAAAUGACUGGGUUUUUGAAGGUCAGACAUUGAAAUCUUCUUGGGCCUUAGCGGACGUAGAUAUUGAUCAUGAGUUAGUUAGGGACAAUCAAUUAACCGCUUUCCCUCUUGAUGAAGGGCCUAUAUUAAUAUUUCCAUUGGAUUCAAGAAAAAAUUGCGUUCGUCUCGUCAUUAAAGUUGGCGAUGAGGAGGAUAAACAUGAAGCUGGUGAUGGUAUUACGCAUGGCCUCACAAAAGAAGAACAUAUUACCUUGGGUGAACUACAGAAAUUGGUUAAUGAGAGGAUUGCUCCUAUUAAAUUGGAGCUAAAAAAUCCGGGUUGGAUGUCCAAUUUUAGGAUUAAUGAAAGAAUUGUAAAUAGAUAUAGAACCGGUCGUGCCUUCCUCGCUGGAGAUGCUGCUCACUGUCAUUCGCCGGUUGGUGGUCAAGGCAUGAAUUUAGGAAUUCAAGAUGCACAUAACUUAGCUUUCAAAUUAGCACUAAUUAUCAAGGAUCAGGCCAUUGAUCCUAAUAAACUUCUUGAUAGUUAUGAUCAAGAACGACAUCCUAUUGGCAAAAAUGUUGUUGCUGGCACUAGUUUUGUUACAAAAAUGUUGGGUAGUAAUGACUUUAUUAGCACUUUCUUCCGAACGCGCGUAGCUCCUUUUGUAUUCCGUUUCUUUCCACAAAUUAUACUUAGUUACCAGAGCAAUUUGUUUCAAACUGUAUUUAAUUACUCUUCUGAGACUUCCGGAAUUCUUCACAAGUAUAAACCAGUUCCCGAAAACAAACUUAUUCAAUCGGGUCAUUAUGCGCUUGAUGGACCAUUAACGAAAGUAAUCCCUCACAACAGUCAUGAUCGCAUAACUUUAUUUGAUGUCUUUCGUUCAACUACAUUGAAACACGUCCUGAUACUGUUUACUCUAACCAAUGGUGUUACAGCUGAUUGUAAUCCACUCAUAGAUACCCUAUUAGAUAUCUACUCUGACUAUAAAAGCACUAUCACCCCAAUUAUCAUUUCAUAUCAAGGAGUUGUCCGGGCUGCCGAUGUACCAUUCAUGCCAUUCUCAGAAGAGGGGAAAGAGCGGCAUAUAUUUAUUGAAACAAAAUUCGAAUUGCACGAAAAAUAUGGCAUCACAAAAGAUGUUGGCAAACAGGCUUUUGUACUUGUUCGACCUGAUUUAUACAUUGCCAGCGCGGUGUUUGAAGAUGAUAUUGAUGAAUUAAAGGCAUUUUUAGAAGAUUACUUGGUCAAA